GAAUGGUCUCUUCCAUGUUGUAUCUAUAUAUUGUGCCUUAUCCAGACCAUCUGGAAGUAUAUUCACGAAGUUGAAGGAGGUUGAUCAUAGGUUGAAGAUGAAAAGUGUGAAAUAAUAGGAGGAUGGCUGAGGAUUCAUUUUGUGGCUUUCUCUGUAAAGAGAUUUGUCAGAAUCUUAAAGAUGAUGACAUAAAAAAAAUGAAGUUUUGCAUCAGAAAUCAUCAGGUUAACAGCCAGGAGUUGGAAAGAGUAAGCGAAGGGACAGAUUUGAUGGAAGUGGCGAUGAAAGCGAAUCUGUUUACGGAAUCUGACACAUCAUGUCUAGAGACCAUGCUUAAUGCAGCUGGAAGGAAAGACCUGGUAGAAAAAGUCAAAGAAUACAAGAACAACUUAACGGUUUUAUCUUCAUCGAUCGAAUCUCCUUGCAAUCUAGAAGAGCAUGUGAUUGGAAGAAAGUACAUGAAAACACAGACAUCAGAAGAACUUGAAACAGCAAUAAAAACAGAAAACGUGAUUAUGCUUUCGGGUGUAUUAGGAUCUGGGAAGACUCAGCUGGCCGUACAUUACGGGUACGAGUUCCACAAAAAGUAUCCAACUUCAGCUGUUUGGAUGAUACGUUCGAAAGACCAAGCAUCUCUGCAGACAUCCAUGACAACGCUGGCUAAUAAACUUGGUGUCCUCAAAGGAAAAGAUAAGGAGAGUGAAAAUCCCGUCAUCAAACUUGGAGAUAUACUUGCAAAUGCUCUGAUGGGAAAAACAACAACACAACUUAUCAUCUUUGAUGAUGUCAAUGAAGACUGUCAGAGGAUUGUGGAAGACCUUAUCAAGAAAUUUGUACCUUUGGAAGAAACUCAGGGAUUCAUAAAAGUUAUCGUCACCACUAUGGAUGAUCUGCUGAAGAUGCCGAGAACAAAGCGCAUCUCUGUAAGCGGAUUUACCGAGGAAGAAGCAGUAACUUUCUUAAGAGGGAACAACACUUGUACACAUUCCGAAACAGAUGCACUAAAAAAGUUAGCACGCCGUAUGAGUUAUCUCCCGUUAGGAUUAAGCUGCGCGAAGACGUACAUGAGUAACUGUUACAAAAGCGGAAAAUCCUUUUUGGAACUUUUAAAAGCCAACACACUAGAACAACUCGACGAUAAACUUAAAAAGCUUGAUGCAAGUAAACGAGGUUUAUUCAGUAACUUGAACACAUUUAUCAGAAUUAUGGAGAAGGAUUUGGAUAAAGAUGCAACUGAAAUGUUUCAAAUGACCCAGUUUCUAGAAAAUGAAAACAUACCAAUUAUAUUGUUUGACCUGUUGUCACCGUCUUCCGAAAGAUGCAACGAGGACAUAGAUGGAGAAAUCCAGCACGAUGAUGUCGCAACAUGCUAUUCUCUUAGCACUGAUUCAUUAGUCCAGGCUGUACAGAAGUUUUCGUUUGGAACCGUUCAGGGAAUCGACGACAAAAGACUGCUCAACACACAUACAGCAGUAUCACUUACGUUACAAGCCUUCACUGACGAGAAAAGGAAGAGACGACUACUGAACAGGUUGCUUUGGACGUGUGCAUUGAUUUUGGACAAAAAUAAUCGACACCAAGACGACUACAACCGCAUGGCAUCUGUCCUUCCUCAUGCCAGAUCUGUCCUCCGGCACGCAGAGAAUAUGACGGGAAAAGAUAUCGAAAUGUGUUUGCUGAUGGCAUUUGUUAACGACCUGGUGGCAUAUACGAGCAAUUUUGAAGGUUUGCUUGGAUUGGAGAAAUACCACUCCGAAAAAGCUCUUCAAUUCUGUUACAAAGUAAUGGAGACAACAGAAAAAGACAUUGAUGAAGAGGUGUCCGACAAACAUGUGCUUACAACAUAUGAAACGCAUUGCGAAUUCGCGAAAGCAAAAGCAACUGUUAUAGAUAAGAAAUUGACCGGGAUCCGACUGCUUCACGAACGAAAGGUUGAAAAAUUUAUCAGACAUUUUAUUCAGCAAAAAAGAAGAACUAAAGGAGAUGUCGAUUUUCUGACAAAAUACGUAGAGAACUACAGGGAAGAUGCAUUGACGAUGCAACAGUAUGAAGCCCUAUGCAAGAAGAAGAAGGCUAUCCAACUUACAGAUCUGAUGGAUCAAUUCAUCAAAGAAAUGAUCCUUUCCACAUUUUACACAUAUGGUCGACGCAUAUUUUACUUAGGAAAGUAAUCAGAAGUAGAACAGAAACGCA